AUGUUUGCCUCCACCAUCUUCGUCUCCUUCCUGGCCGUCGCCGUCGCCAUUCCCACCAACGCGCCCCCCGCCGUCAGCACCGGCGACAACUGCGGCAACGGCAACACCGUCCACUGCUGCAACGCCGAGACGGCCAACAAGCUCACCAAGGGCGGCAUCCUCGGCGCCCUGGACCUCUCCAACCUCCUGGGCCAGUGCAACGACGUGACCGCCAACGUCAUCGGCGGCGCCGUCCCCAUCAAGAACACCUGCAGCUCGCAGGCUGUCUGCUGCGGCGAGAUCAAGCAGAAUGGCCUCGUCAACCUUGGCUGCACUCCCAUCUUCGUUUAA